AUGGCGACCUCGCAUAUCAUAGCUUCGGAUAUCAACAGCAUGAAAGGUUACCACAAAAUCAAGCGUUUCGGCCAAAAAGCUGCCAGCAAUGGGUUCCACUGGGUGUGGGUCGAUACGUGCUGUAUCGACAAGAAGAGUAGCGCUGGACUAAGUGAGGCUAUCAACUCAAUGUUCCGGUGGUACAGGAACGCUCAAGUUUGCUAUGUUUACUUGCAAGACGUGCACUGGUGUACAGACAAAGAAACCAUUAGCGAACAAUUAUACCCCUCUCGCUGGUUUACCCGAGGAUGGACGUUACAAGAGUUAAUCGCUCUUUCUAAAGUCGAGUUUUACUCGACUGACUGGAAAAGGAUUGGGUCCAAAGACGAUCUUUGUGGCCUACUCUCAUCUAUCACUAGAAUAGAUGAGCACAUUCUCAAGGGUGGAGAUAUGGAUAGUGUUAGCGUGGCAAGGAGGAUGUCUUGGGCCUCUGAUCGGAAGACUUCCCGCGUAGAAGAUGCUGCCUACUGCUUAUUGGGCAUGUUCGACGUUAAUAUUCCUCUUAUAUGUGGGGAAGGUCGAAAAGCUUUUCAAAGGCUCCAGGAAGCUAUUAUGAACGCCACCCACGACCAAUCCUUGUUUGCAUGGGAUAAGAUUGUUGGCUGCCCUGCUGAACUUAUUGAUCAAAAACAACAACUGGGUACGAAGCCCAUCCCAUGGAAAGAAGCCCAUCAUCGGCAACCCCUUCUGGGGCUUUUCGCUGAGUCUCCAGCAGAUUUUAAGGAUUCCGCUGAGAUAUGGCCGGUGGACCAUGGGUACACACACUAUCAUGAUCGACGAACCCCCCCGGCUCUUGUUAAUAAAGGUGUUCUUAUAAACCUUGUGAUUUAUAAGAAGUUUCCCUCUGUUGCAUACUGGGACGACCCAGCUAUCGCUCAGCCCCAUGACCUCGAGCUUACUGUUCUGCUCUGUCGUGUCGGGAGCAAGGGCAGCAAGCUUAUCGGGCUGUCGUUAUACUCUUUGGGUGAUGACUACUAUUCACGCACAGACGAACUUGUGCUUGUGGAUUUGUUUGUUAGUCAAGUGCGUUUCGAAGCAUGGACGCGUCAACGCCACCUUUUACCCUUCAGACCGUUCCAACUCCGUAAUGGUGACAUUCUCUUCAAACGCUGGGUAACCCCGAUCAAGACCGGCUGGAUAGAGAGACCAAAUACGACUAGUUGGCCGGCAUGGCGUCACAGAUGCGGCGAUAGAAUUCUCCGCAUCGAGGGAGAUGCCAAUGGUGAUGAAGAAUCAUUCAUGUUCAAGCGAGCAAGACCGAGGGGACCACUUUUAAUUGGAAUUUCUCCUUUCAAAUGUAGGGAAGCGGAUGUCGUUACACAUAAGGGCAUUGGUAGCAACUUAGCUGACCGAGUAGCGAAACAUGGUAAGCCAUUCGACACUCCAGCAUAUAGCCAUAUCAUGGAGCAUCCGAUUGCAACUUGGGAUAUAAAGAUCGAGGCCCUUCCCAGUAUAUAUGCCAAGGUUGAAAGAAUGCCCCUUAAUGGGGGAAAGGGAGGGGCGGUUGACAUAGUGGAUUUUAUUAUGCAGGCGGAUGGACCGUUAGCGAAAUAG